GAGCUCUGGCUGCUACGAAGGAAAGACAUAUAAUUAACUGACAGCUUGAAGACGGAGAGAAUAGACAAACUGCUGGAGGAAAAUAAUUCAUCUGACAGCAAAGAUGCAGUGGAGUCUGAUUCUGCUCUUCCUGAUGGGUCAGUGUUGCUUCAUUGACUGUCAGCUCUAUGAGUUUCACUACAUUAAUGAGAGUAAGAACUGGACUGAAGCUCAGCAGUACUGCAGAGAGAAACACACUGACCUGGUCACAGUGACUAACAUGAAGGACAUGAAGAGACUCAUCAACAUCUCAGAUGGAGAUAAGAGAGAAGCUUGGAUUGGUCUGUAUAAUCAAACAAAUGGUACCAGAACAUGGUACUGGUCUCUGCCUGGACUGGAGUUCAAUGAAAAUGGCAGUAAUUCCUCCUUCAGACACUGGAAUCUACAGUUUAAUAAUGAGAUAAUCAAUAGUGGUCAAUGUGUCAUGACUGUGUUUGAUGAUGGAGGCAGAUGGAAGAAUGAGAACUGCACUGAAAGAAAACCCUUCAUCUGUUAUGAUGAUAAAUUGAUCCUGAUCAAGGAAAAUAAAACUUGGCAUGAGGCCUUGACCUACUGCAGACAGAACCACAGUGACCUGGUCACCAUCACCAACAUGGAUGAACAGAAACAGGCCCAGGAAAAAACCAAGAAGGCAUCGACUCCUUUUGUCUGGAUUGGACUGCGUUUCAACUGCAGGAUGUUUGGUUCUGGGUUUGUGAUAACUGGGUCUGGGACGAAGAGGAGAAAGACCUGGCUGGAAGCUCAGAGUUACUGCAGAGAGAAACACACAGACCUGAUCAGUGGAACGAAGCAACUACAGGAUGAAGAACUAAAGGAAGUGAUGAGCCCAAAUUAUAAACCAUACAUUGGUCUAUUCAGAGACACCUGGAGGUGGUCAGAUGGAAGCAGUUUCUCUUUCAGACACUGGAAUCUAGAGAUUAAUGAUCAUCAACCCAACAGUGGUCGAUGUGCCAUGACUGGGCUUCAUAUGGAGACAGAUGGAAGACUGACUCCUGUGAAGAGACUAAACCUUUCAUCUGUUAUGAUGUCAAGAGAGAAGAACUGGGAGGACGCCUUGUACUACUGCAGAGAUCACCACCAUGACCUGGUCACCAUCACCAACAUGGAUCAACAGAAAUGGAUCCAGGAGAAAGUCAAGGAGGCAUCGACUGGUUAUGUCUGGAUGGGUCUGCGCUACACCUGCACUCUGGAUUUCUGGUUCUGGGUCAGUGAUGAGGUGGUCAUCUAUGAGAACUGGGCCAAAGGGGAGCUGGUGUCUAUCUCCACCUGUCGUUGA